GUAUUUGUUUUUGUUUAGUACUUGAUGUGUUUUUAAUUGAAUUUUAAUCUAAUGUAUUAAACUAAUUAAAAUAGUCGAAUUAUCAUUAUAAAUUGUUAAUGGUGGUGUAGCAUGAUGCCAAGAAGAGUUCCUCGUGCACCGAGCUGAAAAUCCUUUGAAGUAUAAAUUACAUAUCAUAGCACGACAGCGCGUGGGUCCCGAUUGCGAAUUCUUCCAACGUUUUGGAUUACUUUAGCGAAAGAAUCAAUCCGUUCUAUGACCGAACCUGUAAUAAUAAAACGCUCCAAAUCAACCAUUGAGUCCGGAUCAGCUAGUUUUCAGAUUCCUUGAUUGAAAAUGGGAAUUGAGGCGAAUCAAGAACGUAAAAUGGCUGCAUUAGUAUCUAACGUAUAUGAUCUACUCUACGCGAGUCCGGUGGCUCUAGAAGAAAUCGCAGCCAAUGCGGUUGCCGUCGAAUUAUGGCGCUGCGAACUCAAUAAACAUCGUACGAAUGAUAAUUUGAACGAAUUCCUAUCAAGUCCAAAUAUUUUGUUAAAAAACCUUAUUCCAAACACGCCAUCAUCUAUCGAACGAGUAAUCGAAGAACGUAUCAAAAAAUUUGCAUACUCGGUGACAGAGUGGCUACGAGACUACCCUUACAAGGUACUGGAUUUCCAUCGCAGUGAUAGGAAUAGCAUUUUGCACGAUUUUAAUGAUUUUAAAUGCGACUGGGACGGCACCAUUCAUUACGUCCGUACGGCCAAACAAAUGAUUAUGUGCGACCGACUCAGCGCAGUUGAGAAAUUCAACGUAGCCUGCGUGUACUGCUUCGAGAACGAAGUCAGACGACUUUGGCUUCCCGUAUCUGAAACGCUAGACUUGAACGAAAUUGAUUUCAAUCAAUGCCCGCAACUGUAUUACUGGAUUUGUUCGCUGAAAAAUGAAUUGCAUCGAAUACCUAAUCAACAGGACGAUUCCGUCGAUGAAAUUAUGUUUUAUAGGGAUAACUUCUAUAAUAAUAAUCGGUCAUCUAUGGAGUAUUUUUGGAAUCGUAUUAGACCGGAGAAUCGUUUAAGAAAAGCUGUACACUUGUCUGAGAGAGUUGAUGCAUCUUUCGCCCGGUUUUUUUUACUAAAAUUGUACGAAGAAGAGCUCGGUAAAUUUGUCGCCGAAUAUGGCGGUGAUUUUAUAUAUGGCCUGAUUGUGAGCGACGAUUUAUUUUACGUUCUUCCAACGUGGAUGUAUAUUAAAGAUAAGAUGAAUGAAAAUAAUUUCACGAAGCUAAUCGAACGGCUUGCAGAAUACGAUACCAAUAAUCAUAUUUCAGAAGACGUUAUAAAUGAGACUUGUGAUGAAACAUUGGAAGGGUGGCCGAACACCGAAGAUGAAACGUAUUUGUUCUGCGAAAUAUGGAAAAAUGCCUCGGAUGAAUUGAAACAAUCAGCAAUCACGAUUAUUUUGAGUAAAGAAAAAUAUUGGUUGUUUGACAGGGAGCGUAUAGGUAUUAAGCCGACGGAAUUCAGAGACAUCAGGUUUCUGUUAAGUAUACUGUCGGAUGCCUCUUUCGAACAGAGAAACGCUUUUUGGAAUAAUACUUGGCUUAGUUUGAUCGACGCUACACGUGCCAAAGAUUUACAUCGAAUUAUGAAACUAUGUUUCGAAAACGAAAACGAUAUUGCUAAAUUUAAAGAAACCACUAUGGCAGUAUACGAAAAUAUCAGUCCGUAUUGCGUCGAAGUAAUGAAGACCGGAUGUUUCAACGAAUUAAAUGACACUCUUGUGUUUUGUUGUCCUGAAACUGAAAAACGAAAAGAUUUCAAACGACGCCUACUGCGGUCCUGCUUCCUCGGAGAUGAUUCGAUAUUGUGCUUUACGCAUCUUACCAAAGUGAAACCGAUGAAUGAAUUCAUUGACGAUGCCUUCGACGAUGCCGACCUUGCCGCUGAUUUUAAAAAUCAAGUUUUAUACACGCAUGCAGCCAUAAUGAGUAUGAGUCAAUGCAUUAGAUUAACGUAUUCACACAUUUACACGAUAAAUUUCGUUGAUACAUUUGCAUCGAACGAGCAGGUCGUGGAGUUUGCGAAACAGGGUGUUUUGAAGAGCCUGCACUAUCAUUUGAUAACUGAUAAUUCUUUUAUGUGGGAAAUUUCAGCUGAUAAUUUGCGAGUUAUAUCAGUUUGGUGUUUGGGUAAUGAUGAAGAAGUUGCUAAUUUCAAACAGUCGGUGUCGUUAGAUGGUUUCUUGCGUAAUAUAGCGCCGGUUGAAUUUCAUCAGGGACUCGUAACUUCUGAGGGAGAAAAGGCGAGAUAUCGUCGAAAUUUUGAUGAAUUUCUAAAAUGGUAUUUCGACAGCCCGGAGGAGAUUGAAAAGUUCAAGAAAGGGAUUCCCGAUGAAUUGAAAAUUUUCCUCCCAUAAUUCGAGAUAAUUCAAGGAUAAUUCUAUGUUUCUUUUUACUAUUCGACUCUUGGCUAUAUUUUCAUCACGAAAGAGUAUUCAGUGGUAACAGUCACAAGAACGACGUUCUAGAAUACUUCGAUGAUUUUGUAUGUGAUUAUGAAGGUUCUAUUCAUUGUCUUAGGGCAG